AUGUAUCCUAGAUUGGCCAAAGAGAUACUCUCGUACCGUAUAGCUAUGCGUGAAUCAGCUGCUGAUAAUACUCGUCUGUUCGGUUACGAAGGAUGGAGGAUUCUGUGGGAAAGUGCUCGAACAGGUGUAGAUGUGACACCGGAUAUUUGUCCACAAGUUCGUCUGUAUCAAAUGCAUAUCAUCGGUGACAUUGAAUUCGCUACUAGACAGUAUGUAGCAGCCGCAGGUGAUCAAAAGUGGCUGUUAUCUGAACGCGAUGGAGAUUUGAUCUAUGAAACAGCUCGAUUUUGGAGCUCCAGAGCUGUGUACAGUGAUAAGAAGCAGCAAUACGAAAUACUAAAUGUAAUGCCACCAGAUGAAGAUGCAGAACCGUACAAGAAUAAUUCGGUGUUCACCAAUGCAGUUGCAUCACUUUCCGUUAAUUUGGCUGAUCGUAUCAGUGGUAUCACUAAGAAAACUGUACCUAAAGCAUGGCUUGAUAUUGCUUCAAAUCUCUAUUUUCCAUUUGAUGAAGCUAGCCAAACUCAUCUAGAAUAUGAAGGUUUCGAUUUGAGUAAGUAA